AUGUCGACCCCGAAAGCCCACCGAAGCGCGGAUGCCGACUCCGGUAGCGACCCCUCCCAGACCCCCGGCGUCGACAGCACUCCCUCAGGCGCGCCGCCCACGUAUGCGACCUUCUCUCCCGUGACCCUCGCUGCGACGACCCCGAGCCGCUCCUCCCGCCGGUCCACCAUCAUCGUCCAUCAGAAAUCACCCCUUUUAUUAGCCACUCCGCCCCAAAUCACCCGCGCCUUAGCAUACUCGCACCCCUUCCUGCUACCCCUCAACAAACUCGCCGGCCUGCUGACAUGGACGACCGAUGAUCCGUGGGAGAGCUUCCUGUUGCUAGCCUCCUAUUGGGCGGUCGUCCUCUACGGUGACAUGGUCGUGCGUGUGGCCGGACCCAUCGUUCUCGUCCUGACCCUGAUACUCGGCAUGUACGGCCGCCGCUUUAGUCCGCUGAGCAGCAGUGGGUGGACCGAGCCAGCUUCCAAGGACGGGAUUGCGUCGCAGAAUACGGGGGCUGCAAAUAUGGGCAAGGGCGCACCCAAGAGUAGUGCCAAUGCCACCACCGCCAAGGGGCAUCACCGAGGCGAGUCCGAGGCGACGAAUACCAGACACCAAAAAACGCUCGACGAGAUUGUCGAGACGUUGAAGGAGUUCACCGGGCGGUGUAACGUCCUGCUCGAGCCGCUCCUCGAACUGACCGACUUCCUGAGCACUCAACGCACGCCGACGUCGGCCACGACACGACCGGCCUUGACGACGCUGUUCGUGCGGAUAUUGUUCUGCACCCCUUUCUGGGUGGCUCUGACGCUGCCGCCGCUACGCAUCAUCACUACUCGGAGGGUGGCUCUGCUCUCCGGGACGCUGGUGCUGACAUGGCAUGCCAGGGUCAUGCGGGUCGCCCGGACCCUCUUAUGGCGCAGUGCAACAGUCCGGAGGACGGCGGCCCUGGUCACCGGCCUCACCUUUGAGAAGCCCAUCAAGGCCGUACCCGCACAGAUCGCUGCCGAGGCAAAUGGCGGCAUGGUCCACGCUAAGCGCCCUGCUGCAUCCGAGCUCACCAAGGCGCUGCGGAGGCAAUCGCACAAGCAUGGUAAUAACGCCACGAGCAAGGACGCCGGAGUCAAGUUCACUUUCAUCAUCUACGAGAACCAGCGGCGCUGGGUCGGGCUGGGCUGGACGCAAAGCAUGUUCGCCUACGAACGCUCGGCCUGGACAGACGAGCACAACAACCCUGUGCCGUCGCGUGACACGUUUGAGCUGCCCGAGGUAGAGGACGGGAGUAACAUGCGCUGGCGGUGGGCUGACGGAAGUAAGUGGAGGGUCGACGGGGUCCCCGAUGACGGGACCGAAGCGGUCGACAACGACGGGGAGGCCGGGAAGAAUGGCUGGAUUUACUACGACAACAAGUGGCAAAACGGCCGCCGCGGCGCCGACGGCUGGGGCCGAUGGACCCGGCGCAGGAAGUGGUACCGCGACGCGGAGUUGGUGGAGGUCUCGGAAGAUGAGAUGGCACACGAGCUGGAUGCAUCACAACCGGCGAAUCCUCCGCUGCCCGGAUCACCGACGAUGAAACCCCCGGGGCCCGCCCUGACGACGCAGAGGUACAGCACGCUUGAAGAAAAGAUGGUAUCACCAACGCAAUCAGCACAAGACCUAACGCUGCCAGACAAGGAUCUAGAGAGAGAGAAUGAAGAUACGGCGUCAACUCUGUCGACCAGCUCGGGCGGGCGGUCGUUCUUCAAGGCGCCGUCGCUAAGGAGAAAGGUAACAGACAAGAGCGUCGCCAGCAAAGCCGACAUGGAGCAGGACCGCAGCCGCAGGGCUAGCGAGGCCAAAAGCGAGGAGGAGGCGGCAGCGCUGGGGCUGAAGCUCAACCUUGCGUUGCAGAGCAAGGACGGCGGUCAGUGGGGAAUUGGCGACGAGGCGAGGAUGAACCUGGAGUGA